AUGGUUCUCACUACUCGUUUAUUGAGAUUUGCUUCUAGCACUUCUUCUGGUAAAGAAUUGCUGUUUUCAUUACUAUCAUCGCACGAAUCACUGUACACAAAAGUUCCCGUUAAAAAUGUUACCUUACCAGGUUAUGAUGGAUAUUUCACAGUUACUGCUGGGCACUCUCCAAUGUUAUCCACACUCAAGCCCGGUGUCAUAUCGUUUUCUUUAAAGGAUUCCAACGAAGUUGUUAAAUAUUUUAUCUCCAGUGGAUUCUUUGUUUAUAAACAGUUGGUUUUUUAUUUAAAUAAUUUUUAUAGGUCUGACGAAUCUCAUACUGCUGAUGUUAUGGGCGUGGAAGUAGUUCCCUUGGAUCAACUGGAUAAAGAUAGGGCAACGUCGGUUUUACAGGAAGUAUUGGCAGAGACUCAGGGGGACACAAGCCAGUGGGCUAAGGUUAAAACGUUUUUGACACAAGAUUUAUGCUCGUCAGUCAUUAAAGCAUUGCAAUAA